AAACGGACCAAUUAAAUCGAAAGUCGGGCGUUAAUAAUAGCGAAAAAACACCUCGCCGCCCUCCCGGUCCGUCCCUGCUCCAAUUCCGACCUUUUCCAAGCUCUGAUUUUAACGAUCCGUAUCUUUCAUGACAUUUCCCGGUAAAAGAAUACAUAAACCGGCAAAAAAAGCGUGGAAAGGUGACCGAUCAAUCGAUACACCUUCCGUUUCCGGUACCUGAAACAAUGGAAUCACGUUGUGGCUAAAGUGUUUCGAUCGUCCGGUAGAGUGUGCCUGUACAGUGUGUGCGGGGUAUCGAUCUUCGAAGGGGGGUGUUCGCUGAGGAAAGCCCACAGGACGAAUGCCAGAUCACAACAUAGAACUUGGUCGGCUAUCCAAAUCCACCUCGAGGCCAGAAGCUAACGGACCGAACAGACCUCAAGAUGAACCAGACGGUGCUGUAUCUUCAACGCUGGACAGGGAAACGGAAACAGAUGACAUCAGGCCGCCCGGCGAAGACAGGGUGAUAUUUAUCAACCGGGUCCAACCGCCUGUACCCAAAUUUUGUAACAAUAGGAUAUCGACAGCCAAAUAUAGUAUAUUCAGAUUCAUUCCACUUUUCCUGUUCGAACAGUUCCGAAGAUGGGCCAAUUGCUUCUUUUUGAUGAUAGCCCUCCUGCAACAGAUACCGGACGUUUCACCAACAGGGAGAUACACCACAUUGGUGCCCCUCCUCUUCAUAUUGUCCGUGUCGGCUCUCAAAGAGAUCGUAGAAGAUAUAAAAAGACAUCGCGCAGAUGACGACACAAACCACAGCAAGGUGGACGUCCUGAGAGACAACAGCUGGGUCUCUAUAAGAUGGAAGGACGUGGUGGUGGGGGACUUGGUCAAGGUCACCAACAACAAAUUCUUCCCCGCCGACAUGGUCCUGUUGUCGUCGAGCGAGCCUCAAGGUAUCAGUUUCAUCGAAACAGCUAACUUGGACGGCGAAACUAACCUCAAAAUAAGGCAGGCGCUGCCGAGCACCCACAAGUUGACGACCAUAGCCGAUCUGAGGAGUCUUUCGGGUACCAUAGAGUGCGAGCCGCCCAACAAACACAUGUACGAGUUUACUGGGGUGCUGAGGCAGACCAACAAGAAGGCCGAACCCCUGGGUCCAGACCAGAUCCUGCUGCGCGGCGCCAUGCUGCGGAACACCUCCUGGAUCUUCGGCAUCGUCAUCUACACCGGUCACGAGACCAAGCUGAUGCGCAACUCGACCAUGGUGCCGCUGAAGCGCUCCAGCAUCGACAAGCUGACCAACGUGCAGAUCUUGCUGCUGUUCUGCAUCCUGCUCUCGAUGUGCCUGCUUUGCGCCAUCUGCAACGUGCUGUGGACCAACAAGCACCUGACGACCGAUUGGUAUCUCGGUCUCGAAGGUGGUAUUACACAGCUCUUCUUCUACAACCUUCUAACCUUUGUGAUUCUGUUCAAUAAUCUGAUUCCGAUAUCCCUUCAGGUCACUUUGGAAGUGGUCCGUUUCAUUCAGGCGAUUUUCAUCAACCAAGACCUAGAGAUGUACGAUCCAGAAUCGGACACUCCAGCUCUGGCCAGAACCUCCAAUUUGAACGAAGAACUCGGACAGGUUAAAUACAUUUUCUCCGACAAGACCGGCACCUUGACGAGAAACAUCAUGGAGUUCAAGAAAUGCGCGGUCGGCACCGAGAUUUACCUGAUCGCCGAUACUCUGGAGGAUUCCACCCUCUACAAGGACCUGCAAAAGGGCAACGCCCAAUCGGAACUGAUCAAAGAACUGCUGGUGAUCCUGUCCGUCUGUCACACCGUCAUACCGGAGACCAUGAACGACGGCACCCUAGUGUACCACGCAGCCUCCCCCGACGAACGAGCCCUGGUCUACGGCGCCUCCAAGUUCGGCUACGAGUUCAAGGACAGAACGCCCGAUUUCGUGGAGAUCAACGCCAUGGGCACGGUGGAGCGAUACCAGAUCCUGACGGUGCUCGAGUUCACCUCGGCCAGGAAGAGGAUGUCGGUGAUAGUGAAGGACCCGGCGGGAAGGAUCAAGCUGUUCUGCAAGGGGGCGGACACGGUGAUCUACGAGAGGCUGGACGGCAACGGCAAGGAGCACGCCGACAUACUGCUGAAGCACCUGGAGCACUUCGCGACCGAAGGUCUGAGGACCUUGUGCUACGGCGUUUCGGAGCUCAAGAAGCAGGACUACGAGGAGUGGCAGGAGCUUUAUCACAAGGCUUCCAUAUCGCUGCAGCACAGGGAAGAAAAAUUGGAGGAGGCUGCCAAUUUGAUAGAGACAAAACUGAAACUGAUCGGUGCUACGGCUAUAGAAGACAAACUGCAAGAUGGCGUACCCGAAACGAUAGCUGCAUUGCUGCAAGCCGAUAUAAACAUCUGGGUACUGACGGGCGAUAAGCAGGAAACUGCUAUCAAUAUCGGAUAUUCCUGCCGUCUCCUGUCCCAGUCGAUGCACCACAUCAUCUUGAAUGAGGAUAGUCUAGACACAACCAGAGAGGCCAUCCUGAAGCACUUGAUGGACCUGGGGGACCCGAUAGGCAAACACCAAGAGACUGCCCUUAUAGUCGACGGAAAGACCUUGAAGUACGCCCUGAGCUGUGAACUGCGCAACGACUUCCUGAAACUGUGCAUCAACUGCAAAGUGGUGAUCUGCUGCAGGGUGUCGCCCAUGCAGAAGGCCGAGGUGGUGGAGUACGUCACCAAGUACACCAACACGGUGACCUUGGCGAUAGGGGAUGGCGCCAACGACGUCGCCAUGAUCCAGAAGGCGCACGUGGGCGUCGGUAUCUCGGGCAUGGAAGGAUUGCAGGCUGCCUGCGCGUCGGACUACAGCAUAGCGCAGUUCCGAUUCCUGCUGAGACUACUGCUGGUCCACGGUUCCUGGAACUACUCGAGGAUGUGCAAACUGAUCCUGUACAGUUUCUACAAGAACAUCUGUUUGUACGUGAUCGAACUGUGGUACGCCAUCUAUUCCGGCUGGUCGGGUCAGAUACUGUUCGAGCAGUGGUCCAUAGGUAUGUACAAUGUGUUAUUCACCGCGCUGCCACCCCUGGCCAUGGGUCUGUUCGACAAACCCUGCAAUGACGACAAGAUGCUGCUGUACCCCAAACUGUACAGGCCUUCGCAGCUUGGCCAAUUGUUCAACGUCAGAGUCUUCUGGGUUUGGGUUUUCAACGGUCUGGCGCACUCCGCCCUGCUGUUCUGGAUCACGAUGUUCAUAUGUAGCCAGGACAUCCUGUGGAUGAACGGAAAGGAUGGUGGAUAUCUUGUGUUCGGAAAUUUCGUGUAUACGUUUGUGAUAAUUACUGUGUGUUUGAAAGCCAGUCUUGUGAUCAACGCUUGGACGUGGUUAACCCAUGCUGCCAUCUGGGGCUCGAUUGUCCUAUGGUUCACGUUCAUUAUUAUAUACAGCCAUUUUUGGCCACUGUUACCGGUAGGAUGCGUUAUGACCGGCAUGUAUCUGAUGAUGUUCUCUAGCGCCACAUUUUGGUUGUCCCUAUUCUUGGUUCCAACGGCUACCAUGUUGCCUGACUUCUUGGUCAAAAUGAACGUUGCAACCUUCCGUACCUUCCAGAAAUAUCCCAGAUUGUUCCUUCCUGUUUUAAGCGAAACACACUCGUUCAUCCUGUUAUCGAUAACACCAUAUUUAAGUCCUUUACCGAUAAGGUCAGAGAGACGGAUAUUCGACAUUCCGAGCAUUCAGCAUUCAGUCGAACAGAUCCCAAAGGAUCAACAAUGCAUGCGUUGGAGCAAAUUGCAACAUAUGGUUUCGCAUUCUCUCAAGAAGAAGGUGGUGCUGUAUCCCAAGCAGAAGUUAUCAGAGCUUACAACACAACAACGCCGAAACCAGAAGAAACCUGAAGAUGGCAUGAGAGGUAAAUUUUGGUUUUGAAAAUAGUUUUAAUUUCAUCAAUACUAUUGUUUCUACUUGUAUAAUUAAUCGAUUUGUUUUUUUUUAAAUUAAUGUUGGCUUAUCAUAUAAGACAAAACUGUUGAAUAAUUAAGUGAUCAAUUUUUUAUUGAAUGUAACAAAAAAGGAGCAUCCUUUUUUAAUCAAUGUUAGUCAAUGCAUAUUAUGUGAAGUUAUUUUUAUUUUUGAAAUAUAUUUACAUUUCAGAUGAUUAUUAUCUGAAAGAAUAUCUGCUAGAGCGAAAAAUUUUCCUAUUGAAUAAAUUUAUUCAUUUAUGCAUAAAACAGCCAAUAUAUUUAUAUACUAAUGAAUGUUAUUACUAAAGAGAAGAAAUAUUGGGAGUUAAUUUUUGGGUUUUUAAUAAAUAUACAUUUAAUUUGAUGUGAUAAAUAUUCCACAUAACACAAAUUGUUCUUGAAAGAUUACUCUUAAUGUAUUUUCAAAGUGACUAGAGUAUUAUUCAAUAUUAAAUCUUUGAUUUAAAUCCAAUUCAAUACAGAAUAUCCUCUUGAAAUCAAAGAGGUAUAAUGACAUAGCUUGGAUAUAUCUGCAAAAAUCAAAUAAUAUCGAUAGCUAUCAAAUUCACAUUAAAUUUUACAUAGAUUAGAAUGACUUCAUAUAUUUUUUCGCAAUCAAGAACUAUUAUCUACAGUACUAGAUCUCACAUCAAAUCAUUCUUAUAGUACUUAACAUUACAUAAUUCAUUUCCAAACUUGUAGAACUUUCUAUAUCCUGUGAUCAUAUUGUAAAGAUGUGUGUCAAAACUUAUAUGUAAUGAAAAGAUGUUGAACACUUGUUAACGUGCCUUUUCCUGGUAAACUGAUAUUUCAAUUACAGUCAUUCGAAAACCAAAGUUCAUCUUUGAUAUUUGUUCAUUAUUUCUAUAGUAGAGCAGAAAUAGAAAUAUGUGGUCAAGUAUAAGGUUUAUUGUUUCAAAUCUAUUUUUUUAAGAGGGCAUUUUGUAACUUGUGAAAUAGAUCAUUGAGCAUUA